AUGUCGGAUUCCGAAAAAAGUGUUCCGCGAAAGGAUGAGGAGAAGAACAGCCACAUUGUAAAUACUCCGACUGUUGAGAAGCGAAAAGUGGAAUGGUAUCGAUCAACUUUCUACAAUGCUCUCAUCCUCGGAAUGUGCAACUUUCUCGCCCCAGGAAUCUGGGGCGCAAUGAAUUCCCUGGGUGGAGGAGGUGAAGAGGAGCCUUAUCUCGUCAAUGCGGCAAAUUCCUUGACCUUUGGGCUUAUGGUGGUGUCCUGUUUCCUUUCCAGUGUCGUUGUUCGUUUCAUCGGAAUAAAAUGGACAUUAAUUGUCGGUACAAUGGGAUACGCGCCAUACGCAGCCGGGUUAUACCUGAACAACAGGUUCGGCCAGGAAUGGCUGAUUAUUUUAGGUGCAGCCUUGUGUGGUAUUUCAGCUGGAAUUUUCUGGAUGGCAGAGGCAGCCAUCGCGCUGGCAUACCCUGAGCCCUACAACCAAGGUCGAUUCCUCGGUUUCUGGCUCAGCUUCCGAGUUGGAGGGCAAAUUCUGGGAGGCGCCAUCAGUCUGGGAAUAAACGCCAAGCGGGCAACCGCAGGUAGUGUUUCAUACACGGUAUACAUCAUUUUUAUUGCAUUGCAAGCCCUGGGACCCUUUACUGGGUUUCUCCUCAACACACCGUCCAGGGUACAGCGAAAGGAUGGCAUCCCUGUCCAGCUCCAUGUUACCAACGGCAUCGGGUACGAGCUUAAGGCGAUGGCCAAGCUCUUCUUGAAUAAGAAGUUCCUGCUCAUCAUUCCUUUCAUCUGCCAGGCAGUGUAUACCGAAGCUGUCAUGUUCUCAUACGAGGGCCUGUGGCUCUCCGUGCGCGCAAGAGCUCUCGGCUCAUUUUUGUCGGGUAUCAUUGCUCUCAUCAUUGGGAAUCUUCUCGGGGCUUUCCUUGAUACUAAAUCCAUCUCAUUAAAGACUCGGUCCCGAGUUGCGUUCUUCUUUGUGGUCGGCUGGCAAGGCAUGUGCUGGGUUUGGGCAACAGUCAACACCACCGAAUUCAACAAGACCAGCCCAGUAUACGACUGGCUUGAUCCUGGAUUUGGCAAAGCAUUUGCUCUUUUUCUCUUCUGGGUUGCCGGGUUCCAGUUGAAUUACAUGUACCUUUUUUUCUUGGCUGGUAAUCUGGCCGAUACGCAAGAAGAAGUCAUCCGUAUUGCCGGAUUGCUGCGGGGGACAGAGUCUGCUGCCCAGACUGUUAGCUACGGCCUCAGCAGUGUUAGCAUCAUGGCUGCGGUGGGGAACCCCUACCUCAACUUUGGUCUAUGGGCCGUUGCCAUUUUCCCUGCUUGGCUCAUCGUCAAACAGGUCGGAUCGGUGUUCGGAGACAAAAAGGUUGAUCGAGAGAAGCGAGGACUUCGUGAAGCUUCCGAUAACGAGUGA